UGAUCACCCUCAACAUCAGUAUGCCGUCGGAAGUGAUCGGCAGUCCGCCAUUUGCUGGCAGCAGCGCGUGAUUAGUGCGUGGAUGGAGCUUCUUUAGUAGCCGUAGGAUUCAUUCGUAGCCCAAGUUGAUCAGAUAGGAUUCAUUCGUAUCUCAAGGUGAUCGGAGCACGCUGCUGCCGCUACACGCACCCGCCAUGGCAGUCACCACGUUUCUCGGCACUCUAGCUGCCGUCCUUCUCGCCGUAUUUGUCGGCUUGCAGUCCGUCCUCAAAUCCAACGAUUUCCGUCCACUCCCCUUCCACCCUCCUCCGCCCCCCGCUCCUGUCGGGCCGUUCGCCGCUAACGACCGUCUGCUGGCCGUUAAGAAACUAGCUCUAGGGAAGGUUCGCGGUCCGGAAGACGUCCUUCCUGACGCCGAGGGGAAUCUGUACUCGAGCGACGCGAGUGGAUGGAUUAAGAUUCUGAGGAAGGGUGACAGGGAGCCUCGUGAUUGGGUGCACGUAGGCGGGCAUCCGCUGGGGCUUGCGUGGCGGAAGGAUGGGCGGGAAUUAGUAGUGUGCGAGGCAACUAAGGGUCUUCUCCUAGUGGACGUGGAAACUCGCUUCGUCCGCCUCGUUUCCAACUCAUCCAACGGAACUCCAUUCAGACUUACCGACAAUGCUGACGUGGCGAGCGAUGGCACGAUCUACUUCUCGGAUGCUUCCUCGCGCUUUCCCGUCUCGCACUUCUUCCUUGACAUCCUGGAGCAGAGGCCCCACGGCCGCCUGCUGAGAGUCAACCCGAACAGGCCAGAAGAGAAGCGAGUCAACCCGGAGGAGGAGAUAGGAGAGUUGAGCGAUGUGUCGCGUCAUGGAGGGGAUGGGCAUGCCGGGCCAGCGACUGCCACGCCAGAACCUGCGAGCGAGGCGGGGCCUAUCGAGGCGGAGACGCUUCUGGAUGGGCUGUACUUUGCGAAUGGCGUGGCGCUGUCACAGAAUGAAGACUUUGCUGUGGUCGCUGAAACCAGCAGGUAUCGCCUGACCCGCUAUUGGCUCAAAGGACCGAAGGCGGGCACGUCGGAAAUCUUCCUGGACAACCUGCCCGGGUCACCAGACAAUAUCAACAGCAAUGGGAAGGGGAUUUUCUGGGUGUGCCUUGUCAUUCCUAGGCAGACUGUGACGGACUUGAUCCAUCCCUUCCCUUUCCUCAAGGCCCUUAUUGGCUUACUGCCAAUUAAGUACCUCCAGCCGCCCUACCUCUCUCCUUUGAUGCGCCACGCUGGCGCUGUGCUGGCGGUCAGCGAAGACGGGCAGGUUGUGAAAUUUCUCAAUGAUCCGACUGCGAAGCAUGUGGGGGGGUUCACGAGUGCCCGGGAGAUUGAAGGCGUGAAGGAGCUUGUGUUAGGCAGCCUGUUGAACAAUUUCAUUGGCCAAGUGAUAGUGGAAUGAUCCCUCUGUGACUUUGUGGGUGUUCUCAGCCCAACAGUGAUAAACCCUUUAUGCCGGCGU